AAGAGUCAGUCACGACUAAACAACAACAACAUUCAGAUGUUUGCUUCCCGCUCGACUGCUUUCAAUGACAGAUGGAACCUGGUGUGUUAUCUUGCCUCAUAUCUGGGCCGCCACAUGUAAAAUCACUUUCCUGUCCUCCCCAUCCCCUGCCCAACCCUCCUUAGUCCACCUAGAUUCUUUCUCCUGCAAUGGCUUCAACUGUGAGGUCAUUGUGUUCUCAUUCCAACAGCUUCUGGCCUUGUUGGCCUUUGAAAUGGGGUGAGCCUGAUGCAGAGCGGCAAUGUUGAGGCUCAAGUUGCUACGAUGGGCCUGUCUGGUGGGGUUCCUAAUCUUCCUGGCACAGUUGAUCCCGAGGACUUUGUCCUACCAGCCAGGCAGCCCCCUCACGACUGACGAGUACCUAGACUUUUUUGCGUCCAUGAGGCCCAAGUGGAAGGCAAGCGUGGUGUGUCAGAUCCGACGUAGCAAAGGUUGCCAGGAUCCUAAAAUCCUACAGCUGGAUCAGUAUGAGAACCAUGGCGAGAUCCCAGAUGGUCCCAUCUGUGCGGAUCUUCCUCACAUCAUACGUUUUGAGACUUUUUGUCUAUUUGCACAGUUUCGGUGUUCAAACCGCAGGUUCUACGUCAAGCGGAUACUGUGCCCAGAGUUUGAAGAGGAUGAGGAUGAACUCGAACACGAGGUUCACGAACAUGAGGUUCACGAGCAUGAGGUUCACGAGCAUGAACAUGAGCACGAACAUGAGCACGAACAUGAGCAUGAACAUGAGCAUGAACAUGGGCAUGAACAUGAGCACGAACAUGAACACGGGCAUGAACAUGAGCACGAACAUGAACACGGGCAUGAACAUGAGCAUGAACAUGAGUACGAACACAUGCACAGACAUGAAGACGAGUACGAGGAUCAAGACGAAGUCAAUGCUGUUUCUCCAUCCCCAAGCCAGUUGCGCAACAUGCCGCCAAUAGACCAUAGUGCCACACCCUCCCGCGACGCCCGCCUCCGCUCCAACAUUGACGCCAUUUUGAAAUAUUCCUUUGCCGUCUCAGGCCAGGAGCCCGUGGCCAGGGCACGCUCUUUCUCAACUCCCUCCAGCACGCCGGACUACGUGAGUGCCGUGCUCGUCGCGGCCACUGCAGAAGCCGUGUCCACCACCGAAACGGCCGUCUCCGAAACUGAAGAGCCGUCAGUCACCAAGGGGCUCUCGAACCAACAGCUCCACAAGAGCAUCCACCGCCUGAUCGGCAUGGCCUUCUCCCUGGAGCAGUCCCUGAAUGCCGAGAAUGCGCAGCCUUACAAAGGAUCAAGAGAAGGAGGCGGAGAAGGAGACCUGAAUAUGCUGACUAGCCAGGAAGGGUCCAGUUCCAAGGGGAGCAUUCUCCAGACAGAUUUCAGAGAGGGGGGAAGGGAGGAAAUCCCCAUUGUGCUAAUCAAAAUGGCCGCCCUCCUUCUCACAAUUUCCUUCUCUCCGUUUCUCCUUUGUUGCCUUAGCCUCUUAGCUCUUGACAAGGAAGAAGCUCUGGUGAUUCUCUGCUAUGCAGUGCUGCAAGACAUUUGCAUAUCCUCAGCUGUUAGCAAGGCCUGGAAACAAAUGGAGUCAAAAACCUUUGGCUUUGGGGAUUUGGUGUGUGAUAGCCUUGGCCGACGCCAUGCCGACCUGUGCUCUGAGUGUGCUUUCUGCUCCCUGAAGACAGAGCAGUGCCAAGGAGCCUCCAAUCUGAAGCGUACCCACUGUGUUGGUGGCAUAUUCACAUCCUACAUCAACCCAGGGAUCUUGGCUCAACACCAGGCUAUGCAAUCCAGGGUCCCCACAGGGGUAGAAGAGUAUUUUGGGGUUGAGACAUAUGCAGGCUUGAAAGCAGACUAUUGGUGCGGUCGCUUGGCUGCUCGUGGCUGUGAUGAUUAUCGGGUGUCUCUGUGGUUGAAGACAGAGUAUUCCUCCUUCCAAAAAGGAGAUUUCCCAAAAGAAAUCUGCGACUCGACAGGAGUUCAACACCCCACCUACUGCGCUUUCAAGAGCAAGCAGUGUCUGAAAGACAGCCAUGCUGGAGAGAAGGUGAUGCGGAAGCCUUGCCAAAAACACCAGACUUACCGAGUGCUAAGUAGGGAGGAAGGGGAAGAGGAAGUGGUGCUUUGGAACAAGAAAUUCUUUCUCAGUAAUGGAGAGGGGAGAGAGUGAAAGCAGUGGCUCCAAUCGCGAGGCGGUAAGGCAGAGAAGAUGCAGCACAUAGAGACGAACACAUGCGCAGUGUGUGACGCUCAUCUGAUACAAGGCAUUCGGCAGGGCACAGUCUCAGCUGGUCUCUUCUGUCCUU